CAAGUGGUUGUACAGGUACGAACUAGCUGGGUUAUCAGUGGUAUUCACCACGCCUCUCUACGGCUUUGACACAAUUUAGUCAUUACGCAAAUAUCGAGACUGUUUCAAAACUCACUUUGUUUACAGGGACUGAAUUUGGACUGAUAAAUCUGUCUGAAGCAUGGGGAAGAGUUCGAGUUCGUCCUCUGAUUCCUCAGACUAUGAGUGGAAGCAUCUUCCCAAACAUCAGAAGAAGCAGAUGAAAAAAUGGAAGAAGAAGAUGAGGAAGGGGAAGAUCCCAUAUGGUUCUCCACCACCAUUCGUCAUUCCUGGAUAUGCUGGACCGAACUUCUCAGAAGAAGACUGUGAACAGUACGAACCUGGCAACAGUAGCAGUGACAGCGAUAGUGAUAGAGAGCCGGAGGUGGCAGAGGGGGUUGAAGGGGAAGCUACAGAGGCUGGUGUGCCCUGUGAUGAGAAAGAGUCUGAUGCUGAUGAUGAGGCAGAUCCAGAGACUAUACACGAGGAGGAGGUGAAGGAAGAACAGGAGGAGGUGAAGGAAGAACACUCAGGUGGAGAGGAAGAGAAGAAAGAGGAAGAAGAAGAGAAGAAAGAGGAAGAAGAAGAGAAGAAAGAGGAGGAAGAAGAGAAGAAAGAGGAGGAAGAAGAGAAAGAGGAAGAGGAGAAGGAAGCUGAGGAUGUUGGCGUAAGUCUGGACGGCAAUGCUGAAGAGUUCACACCCACUGUUGUGGAUGCUGAUAGCUUCUCUGCUGAGAAGGAUGCUGAGACUCUCAAGCAGGCCAUGAGAGGGUCAGGUACGGAUGAACUCAGUUUGAUUGACAUUGUGGGUCACCGGUCCGGUCAUCAGAGACAGGAGACAGCUGUUACAUAUAAAACCAUGUACGGCAAGGACCUGCAAGAGGACCUGAAGUCUGAGCUGAGCGGAGACCUGAAGGAGCUGAUGCUGGGACUCUUCAAGGCUCCAGCCUUCUAUGAUGCCUGGAGUCUGAAGGAGGCCAUGGAGGGACCUGGGACUAAAGAUCACAUCCUGAUAGAAAUUCUGUGUACUCGAACAAAUGACCAGAUAGCUGCCAUUGUGAGCUCCUACAAGGAGCACUUUGGACGAGAACUUGAACAGGACAUCAUGGAGGACACAAGUGGUCAGUUUAAACGACUGAUGGUGUCAUGUUGUCAGGGUGCCCGCAAUGAGUUGUCUGCAGAGCAGCUGGAGACGGUGAGGUCCGAGGGCUGGGAGGGUGUCGUGGACUGGGACCAGGCCAAGGAGGAUGCACAAAGACUGUUUGAUGCUGGAGAGGACAAAUGGGGGACAGACGAGUCUACAUUCCGUCAGAUAUUGGCAAUCCGGAACUACUACCAGCUCCGAGCUGUGUUUGUGGAGUAUGAGAAGGUAGCAGGGUGUGAUAUCUUGGAGUCAAUAAAAAGUGAGAUGUCGGGCAAUUUGGAGAGUGGCUUGAAAGCCCUAGUCAGAGCAGCCAGGAACAGACCAGAAUAUUUUGCUGACAGACUUCACAAGGCAUUGAGUGGGCUGGGUACAAAAGAUACCACACUUAUCCGAAUUAUCGUCUCUAGAUCUGAGAUCGACCUGAAGGACAUAAAGGAGAUUUACGAGGGGAAGUACGAGAAGCCCCUGUCUGCCGUGAUAGAGUCGGACACAUCCGGGGACUACAAGCAGCUGCUGUUGGCUAUACUGGGCAAAUAAGGAACUAUAUCUCACUGGUGCUGACUGUCUUGGUGGUGGGUUUCCUCAGUCAGGCCAGGUCAGAACUUGGCCAUCCAUGAGUCCAUGCAUGUACCUGGCUUAGUCUUUGUCUGGUCCAUGUGAUCUGUGUUUUCCUGUCUUAGUCUUUGACAGGUCCAUAUAGUCUGUGUGUACCUGUCUUAGUCUUUGACUGGUCCAUAUAGGCUGUGUAUACCUGGCUUAGUCUUUGACUGAUCCAUAUAGGCUGUGUGUACCUGUCUUUGUCUUGUCUUUGACUGGUCCAUAUAGGCUGUGUGUGCCUGGCUUAGUCUUUGACUGAUACAUAUAGGCUGUGUGUACUUGUCUUUGUCUUUGACUGGUCCAUAUAGGCUGUGUAUACCUGGCUUAGUCUUUGACUGGUCCAUAUAGGCUGUGUGUACUUGUCUUUGUCUUUGACUGGUCCAUAUAGGCUGUGUAUACCUGGCUUAGUCUUUGACUGGUCCAUAUAGGCUGUGUAUACCUGGCUAAGUCUUUGACUGGUCCAUAUAGGCUGUGUAUGCCUGGCUUAGUCUUUGACUGAUACAUAUAGGCUGUGUGUACUUGUCUUUGUCUUUGACUGGUCCAUAUAGGCUGUGUAUGCCUGGCUUAGUCUUUGACUGGUCCAUAUAGGCUGUGUAUGCCUGGCUUAGUCUUUGACUGGUCCAUAUAGGCUGUGUGUACUUGUCUUUGUCUUUGACUGGUCCAUAUAGGCUGUGUGUGCCUGUCUUAGUCUUUGACUUGUCCAUAUCUCCUCUGUGUACCUGGUUUAUUCUGCAUAUAGGUUGUGUGUACUUGUCUUAGUCUUUGAUGGAUCAAUAUAGGCUGUGUGUACCUGGCUUCGUCUUUGACUGGUCAGAAUAGGCUGUGUGUACUUGUCUUUGUCUUUGACUGGUCCAUAUAGGCUGUGUGUGCCUGUCUUUGUCUUUGACUUGUCCAUAUCUCCUCUGUGUACCUGGUUUAUUCUGCAUAUAGGUUGUGUGUACUUGUCUCAGUCUUUGACGGAUCAAUAUAGGCUGUGUGUACUUGUCUUAGUCUUUGACGGAUCAAUAUAGGCUGUGUGUACUUGUCUUAGUCUUUGACAGGUCAAUAUAGGCUGUGUGUACUUGUCUUAGUCUUUGACGGAUCAAUAUAGGCUGUGUGUACUUGUCUUAGUCUUUGACUGGUCAAUAUAGGCUGUGUGUACUUGUCUUAGUCUUUGACAGGUCAAUAUAGGCUGUGUGUACUUGUCUUAGUCUUUGACGGAUCAAUAUAGGCUGUGUGUACUUGUCUUAGUCCUUGACUGGUCAAUAUAGGCUGUGUGUACUUGUCUUAGUCUUUGACAGGUCAAUAUAAGCUCAUCUUCCCGAGGCAAGAGAGUUAACUGACUUUAAAAGUCCAGUUUCCACCCUUGCCGAACUAGAUUGGAAUUCCUGGGCUCGAUCGUAGCGCCGCCAGUGGUUAUUAUGAGUUAUGUCCCU